GAUGAAGGAGCUGGAGGAGGAGAGGGAACGACGAUGGAAAGCAGAGCAGGCAGCCAAGAAACUGGCCGACCAUAUCCGUGCGGUACAAGCUAAAGCUAAAGAAGACAGUGACACGAAGACCACAGCGGAGGCUACGGGCCAUCUGAAGAAGGCAGUGAUGAAUGAGAGGGAGGUUAAGAUUAGGCUGCAGGAAGAAAACCAAAGUCUGAAGGACAGAGUUGGAGAUCUCACUGAAGAAUUGACACAUUCCAAAGCAAAUGAACAGUCACAUAAGCUUGCAUUGAGAGCCAUGGAGGAGACAGUGGUGAAACAAGACAGGGAGAGGUUGAAUCAAGAAGCUCAUGAGACAAAGAAGUUGCAGGAAGCUCAGAUGAAGGCAGCAGUGAUGACACGUGAGGCUGAGUUGUUGAGACACACUACUGAGAACCAGAAGGGUCAACUUGGUCAGCUGCAAGAACUCCUGGCUGCCCGUGAACAGGAGCACAGACAAGAGCUGAAGCACCGCUACAGCCUGGGAAGCCCAGAGCUCCAGCAGCAGGUUCAGAAGGAGGCAGAACGUCUGGCAGCCCAGCAGCAGCACGACCUGACCCAUCAGAAACACAAGAUUGAUGAGUUGACACGGCAGUACGGUGACCUGGAAGAUGAGUUUAGGCUGGCACUGCAGAUAGAGGCCAACAGGUUCUCCGAGCUCCAGGCGGCUUUUGAAAAAACAAGGCGGGAAAAUGAAGACAACCGCCAGCUUGUAUUGACAGCACAGAAAAAAGAUGAAAAGUCCUCAGCGAUGAUCAGUGAACUAACAUCGCUGGUCAAGGAACAGAAAGGGAGAAUAACGGAACUGACCAAGUCCAAGCAUGAACAGAAUGCGGACUUCAGGGAACGAGUGACGACACUCGAGGCCCACGUGGAAGAAGCCAGAAAGAGAAUGGUGCAACUCGAAUUGCUCAAGAAGGAGAAGGCCCGUCUCUCUGCAGAGGUCCAUGCCCAGGAGUCUGUGAUCGAAGGCCUGAAAGCUGAGAGGAAGCUGUGGGGGCAGGAACUCGCUCAGCAAGGUUCAUCUUUGGCACAGGACAGAGGACGUCUGGAAUCCAGGAUUGAGAUCCUCAACCAGGAGAAUGCAACACUCAAGAAACAGCUUGAGAGAGAGACUGAUGGUCUCAGAAUCAAGUCCAAGGUCAUUGACGACCAAACAGAGACCAUUCGGAAACUGAAAGAGGGUCUUGUUGAACGAGAUGGAGAAAUAAAAAAAGCUCGAGAAGAGACUUUGAAAGUGCAGCAGGACUUAGAAGCUCAGCUAUUGGAGGAGAGAACAGCUAAUCAGGACACCCAGGAUGCAAUGGACCAUUUGCGAGAACGGAAAGAUGAGUUGAAACGAGAAGUUUCGUCUUUACGUGAAGAACUUGCCGAGUCUCAGAAGGCUCACAGCAUCCUCAACACACGCUGGAAAGAGAAAUCGGCUGUGAUUGGUCAGCUGGAACACCAAGUGUCACAGAUGAAGGAAUCAUGGGAAGGCAAGGAGGAGAAGCUGAUGGGAGAGCGAAACAAAGCCAUCGAAGCAGCAAACUUGGCCAUAGAGAAGUUAAGAGGGAUGGAUGACGCAUUUCGCAAACAGCUGGAGGCAAAGGAGAAAUCACACCAAGAGGAGAUAACUCUUGCCAAGGAACAAAAAGAACAGGAAGUGCAAGAAGCAAACAGAAGGGUGGCUCUAGUGGAAAAUGAGAUGCGUGAGUUGUUGAGAGAGACUGAGAGCAACAAACGUGCAAUGGAGGAGAAGGUCAAACGUUUGACUCAUGCCCUGGGAGACCUCCAGUCUAACCUCUUCUGAAGGUGAAAGUUGAUGACCUUGAUGACCUUGGAACAAGAACAAACUAUCUCUGAACAACUCAAGCCUGAAUCACACGAUGGGUGUUAUUCUGUACCAGCUUCUGUCUGUUUUCUUGGUAACUAUAGAUCUGGUGGCUCUUGUUUUAUGAAAGGUGCAUGACCUUCAGAUGGCUGAGAGUCACAACACUGUCCUGGGCCCUGUUCCUCAAAGCGAUCGUAGCGCUAUGAUGAUCGUAACUCCCAUACUUUAACAUAGACUUACGACUGUCGUAGCGCUACAAUCGCUUUGAGGAACGGGGCCCAGUAUGGUUGGCACAAAACUGUUGUCCCACACCAGCAAGCUGAGGAACAUUGCUGAGUACAGAAUUAUACCACAGAGAUAAAGCACUGCGAUCAGCAGCAUGACUAUGACACACAGGGUUAAUGUAGAGAUUCUACUGCCACUGCCAUCAACCUCAUGACAUUCCAGAUUUUGUUUUAUGUCACCUUCAGCAAUAUUUGAGCAGUCUCACAGCAGGGGGUGCUAGAAAUGGGCUUCACAAAUGAAAACCUUUUUGGGAACUGAAGCAGGACCUUUAGUAUGGCAAGCAAAUGCUUUACCCACUGGGCCAACCACCCACUGCCCUAAACAUUUCAGAAAUAUGUUUUAGAUAGAUAUUUACAUUAGACACUAUGAGCUUUGAACUGAAGAUAGAAACUGACAGGUCAGAUCAGAAGACAUAUGUUUGUUAUCAGAUUUGUCAUUUAUUUCAGAACUAAGCCAUGUGGUUUAAAUUUUCCCCACAUGGGUACAAUGUGUGAAGCCCAUUCCUGGCGCCUUUUGCCAUAAUAUUGCUGGAAUAUUGCUAAAAAUAGCGGGAAAACCCAACUCACUCACUCACUCACUUAAAGUGACAUCCUCUUUCCUGUCUCCUCCCAUAUCUGAAAUGCCCAGUCACCCUUUAUAACACUGCUUGAAGAGGCCUGGGGAACCACACAUUCCAUGAGUUGGCUUCCAGCUGUUCAGGAUUUAUACAUCAACAUUGUUAACUUUACCUCUGUUCCGUUCCCCUUUUGAUUUGUAUAACCCUAGUAUGUUUCCUCACAUUGCUAUGGUUGUUUAAUUGUUUUAGAUAUUAAUCAAAUGUUACAGUACACUGGUUCAUGAAAUAUAUUGUGAACAUGUGUGAACGUUUAUUUGAAGCUCUGUACAUUCAGCCAAGGUGUUUCUCCUGACAUCUGGAAUAUUUAGAUCAGCGCGAAGUUAAUUGUUUUAUUAUGAAGCGAGUUUGAUACCAAAUCUUUCACGAGUUUUAUAAAAUGCUAUUUCACAGAAGUGAGUUUAGUGUUCUGGUUUAUUACUCCCCAACAUAAAUUGAUAGAAACUGCCUACAGUGUGAUGAGUCUUAGCUUUCCACGAGUCAAGCCUGGCCCCAAUUU